AGAGCACAAAUGUGGGUUCACAUGAUUGCUGACAAGUACGCUCACAGUCGCGUACCUUCACUUGGAGAGCAUCUGAAGCAGAAUUUAGAUGUCACAAAGAUGAUAUUUUCUGAGAAAUAUCUUCCUCCACACCUAAGGUUUGGGAUAAUUAGAAGAAUACUCAGGUUCUUCUUUUUGCCGAUAGCCCUAUUUGCCAUCCUAGUUGCCUUGACUUAUAAUAAUGAUGAGAGGACGAUAUCUGAUAAGUGUGAGAGAAGAAAUAAGUGUAUGUCUAGAUGCCAAGCAGAUCACUUUCCUGAUUUCGUCUGCAAUAGCACUACUGAUAGUUUAAAUUACGGUGGAAAUUUUUAUGACACAUUUUAUAUUUAUCCAAUGAAGGAUUCCUUCUUCUACAAUGACUGCAAGGCAAUGAUAGCUGAUGGAAGUGAUAUUAGUUUCUCUAAUGGAGUUCCAAAACGACCUUGGAUGAUACAAACUUGAUUUAACUGGUGAAAGAAUUCAACCUCAGAAGGCUCAUUCAUCACCUCAGAUACUAGAGCAGAAUGAACAUCUGCUAACAAAAAUGAUGCGAUCAUCUGCCUAGACCCUCAGACAACCUCAUGAGAAUCAAGUUGUCUCAGAGGGAUUGGUGAAUACUGUAUCAAUUUUUCAAUUAUCUUUAUUAGUAUUUUCGCUACGGAUUUAUGGCAACUAAUUUUUGAAUCUUCAAUCCUAUAUGCUCUAUCUAUCACUCUGAAGCCAACCAACAUAGAAAGGCUGAAAGACUCUGAGAAAUACAAAGAUGAUGAAAUAAAUGACCAAGAAGGAAGUGACAAUCAGAAAGACCUUGAAUGAGGGAAGAUCUCACUGAAAUGGACAGCAGAGCUCAUUGCUGCCUUCUCAUAUAUAGCAGCCAUUGUGAUACUUGUUGUUUUUACCAUCUUCAUUGCUAGUUAUGGAGAUAUCAGAACAGUUCUGAUAGAAUUUGCAAUAGCUCUCCCAAUAGAGCAAGCCAAAUGCCUGAUAAUCCAACCAGUGAUUUGGUGGGUCUUCAUUAGACGUUUUGGAAAACUAGAAGUAGCUGAGGACUUCCACUGGGACGACGAAAGGAUGCUAGAAGAAGGUGAAAGCAUGUCCUUGCUCGAGAGAGUCCGUAGAAAGGGUAGAGAAUUUUUAGAUAAUUCAAAAGUCUCUUCGUUUAUCUAUGUCAUGGUGAUCUUACUCUGAAUAGUCAUCCUUCUUGAACUAUCCUUCACCAAUGAUAUUGAUAAGAGUGAGGUACUCAAGGAGAUCUUCAGGUGGAUAAACUUUGCUUUGUUACAAUUCUUCAUGAUCGAGAUCGCAAUGAGGCUAUUUUCUGAAGGAUGUGACUUCCUGAUGGAAUUCAUCAACCUCUUUGAUAUGUGCAUCGUCAUAGUCUCAUACAUCCUAAACAUCCUCAGGAUCGAUGCGAGGAUUGUUGGAAUCCUGAGAAUCCUCAGACUUGUAAAAGUCAUCAUUGAAAUGAAGAGAGCGGCAGAUGAACAGAAGGACAGACAAGAGAUGAUUAGAGACCAAAAGAAACAGCAAGUUUCGAAUUACUCACCAGUGCCUCAUGUCGAAAGGAUAACUGAUUAUUUGGAGAAGCUCACAAAGAAUCCUUCUGUUCCUAAAACUCUGAUCGAUGAUAUCAAUUGGGCUAUUAAGACACUUAGUUCUAACAAGUUGUUCAAGAACAAGCUAGGAGGGUUUAAGAUUCCUAAAGAUCGUGAAGAUUCAAAAGCUUGGUACAAUCUUAUAAAUCUGCCUUCCAAGUUGAUCAUUAAUAAAGAUGGAGAGGAAGGAAAUAUGGACGCAUUCAAUAACGAAUCUGAUCAACCUAAUGGGCUUAACCUUCAUAAAGAAUUUAACUACAGAGGAGAAUCUUUGGAUAGACAUAAUAAAUCUGACAAUAAGAUGGACGUGCAUAAAAGAAAGCAUACCAAUCCUUUAAGGAUCAGAGAUUCUCAAGAAGAUGUAGAUCCUUUCUUUGAACUCAUUGAAGAAACUGAUACAAGAAUUUAUGCAAAUGCUCUUGAGAAAUUUGAUGAAAGUCAGUUUGACCCAUUUGCAUUCUUCCUAAAUGUUGGAGAUGCCUCUUUCCAAUAUCUCAUGUAUAAGAUAUUCACUAUCUAUGGUUUAAUGGGUCCGUUCAAUAUUCCAUUAAAGAAGUUAUGCAAAUUUUCUGAAGAAAUGCAAAAAGGAUACUCUGAAGAAAAUGAGUUUCAUUGCCCAGCCCAUAUUGUCGACACUCUCCAAGCAAUGCAUUAUAUGUAUACAACUGCAAACUUGAAGAAAUAUUUGAAAAAGGGAGAUAUUUUAGCAUCUUUCUUUGCAAAUAUAAUUCAUGAUUAUGAACAUCCAGGGUAUACAAACCAGUUUAUAGUCAGAAUCAAACACCCUCUCGCUCUUAGAUACAAUGAUAAGAACGUUCUAGAGAAUCAUCACCUCGCUUCCAGUUUUAAGGUGCUGCUUCAGCCAGAGUACAACUUUCUAGAAAAUCUAUCAAACGAGUCAUUUUUCGAAUUGAGAAAAAUCUCAAUUCAAGCUGUUUUAUCUAAUUCUUCCUACUUUGACCUCCUAGCAAGGUUGAAGGUGAAAUUAGACAGUAAAUUCCCUACAGAGAAUCAAGAAGAUGUUAAUUUAGUGAUCUCGAUCACACUCAAGAUUUCAGACAUGUUUAAGGUGGUCCGUUCCCCCACAGUGUUCUUCAAAUGGAUGGAUAAAAUGUUUAACGAAUUAUAUUAUAUGGAGAAGAUGUACCUAGAUCUCUCCGCCACCAAAUUUAUAGAUAGGGACAACACCGACCGAGAGGAGUCUUACUCAAGUUAUAUAGAGGUACUCUGCAGACCUUUGUUUGCCACCUUCUUAAUCAUUACUGAGGAAGACAUUAAGAAGGAAAUUAUUGAAGAUGGAAUUAAUAGAAACCAGAUCAAGAUCCUUGGAAGUUAUUCUCACCAUGACCAGAUGAGCUUUGCUUAAAA